CCGCGCUGAGGCGGUGGCGGAGGGAUCUGAGAGGGAUUGCGAGAGCGGUAACGCGGCUGUUCGCGAGAGGGAGGCGGCAGCGGCUGCGCGGGCUGAGGGGAGCGAGGUCCGGCGGGCGACCCCUCGGCCCUGGGGAGCCGCCGCCCGCAGAGGUAUGGAGAACUUGGUGGCUGGCUCCAACCUUCCUCCUCUUUUUACAGAUGAAGAUGGGUCUAAGGAAGGUAGUGAAAUUACUGUAACUGGACUAGCUCAUUCUGAGAGUUCAUUCACUGGUGGAACUUCACAGUCUGUGAAUAACCCAGAUUUGGUGGAGGAUUUGUCACAGGUUCAGCAGCUGCAAAAUGAGUCCUCUAAUACUGCUGAAAACACUGAGCAGAAGCCUGAGGAGGAGCAGCAAAGAACUAAACGAGGAGGCUGGGCCAAAGGGAGAAAGAGGAAGAAACCCCUUAGGGACACCAAUGCCCCCAAAUCCCCCCUCACAGGGUAUGUGCGGUUCAUGAAUGAGCGUAGGGAGCAGCUUCGAGCGAAGAGGCCUGAAGUCCCUUUCCCAGAGAUCACCAGGAUGCUGGGCAAUGAAUGGAGUAAGCUGCCUCCUGAGGAGAAACGGCGAUACCUUGAUGAAGCAGAUAGAGAUAAGGAGCGUUACAUGCGGGAGCUGGAGCAGUAUCAGAAGACUGAAGCCUACAAAGUCUUCAGCAGGAAAGCGCAGGACAGACAAAAAGGCAAAUCACACAGACAAGAUGGAGCAAGACAGCCAGCCCAUGAUCAUGAGAAAGAAGCAGAUACAAAGGAGAGAUCUGUUUUUGAUAUUCCAAUCUUCACAGAAGAGUUCUUGAAUCAUAGUAAAGCACGAGAAGCUGAGCUGCGGCAGCUGCGUAAGUCCAACAUGGAGUUUGAGGAGAGGAAUGCUGCUCUGCAGAAGCAUGUGGAGAGCAUGCGUACUGCCGUGGAGAAACUUGAGGUGGAUGUGAUACAGGAGCGGAGCCGCAACACAGUGCUGCAGCAGCAUCUCGAGACCUUACGCCAAGCACUCACAAGCAGCUUUGCUGGAGUUCCACUACCAGGUAGCGGGGAAACGCCCACGAUGGAAACUAUUGAUUCCUACAUGAACAGGCUGCACAGCAUUGUUAUGGCUAACCCCCAGGAGAAUGAGAACCUCAUCGCCACGGUCCGGGACGUGGUGAACAGACUUGAACGCUAGUGACUGGGUCUCAUGCCCAUGGGAUGCUUUACAAAAAUUUUUUUUGGCCAGUGUGGAAUAAGAAGCCAUGAGGGAAAGAGAUGGGGUGGGAGGCAGAGCUGCAGGUUUGUCCGUGUCCCUGCCUUUGUGGUUUGUCAGUGAGACACAGAUCUCAAUGCGUUAAAAGGUCUUAAGAAGCCACGGACGCCACCCAGUAAACGUUUGGAACUGUCCUCUGUGGAAGCAUUUAAAGGCAUGCAACUUUUGUGCAAUCUCCAGUUUCUUACUCCUUUUGCUGGGUGUGAGGGUGCAUACGUUUGUGGACUGGCUGGCUACAGAGAUGGAAUCUCACAGUUGGUGAAAUGAAGUCAGCCUGUGUGUUGUAGUAAUAACUUUGAUGUGUUAUAUUGCCUAAUGUCUUCUGGUGUCUUUCCUUUUUUCAUGUUUAUCUUGUGGGAUUACCUUCCUCCUCUUUACUUUCUUUCUUUUGAUCUUGUUACUUGCUACUUGCAGUACUGGACAGCAGCACUUGUGUUCUCUGCUUUAACAGGCAGUCUUCUUUGGUGCCCACUGUCAUGUCCUACCCUGCCUGUUAGGUUUAUGUAAGCUUUUCUAAAGCAGAAUCCUGGUUUUUUUUGUGUUAGCCUGUAACUUCUACAACUUGAGUCUGCUCCCUGCUAGCUGUGGUUGAUGCUUUUUGUGACUCGAUUCUACUGUGAGAGCGACUUCUCUUUCCCUUCUCUUCAGUCACCUCUCUUGCACAUAAGCAUCCUGCUCUUCUGUGAAGGUCUCCUGUUAUCUCUUCAAAACUUUUGGUGGUGCAUUUUGCUACCACAGAGGUCAGUGGUAAUCAAGAUAGCAAGUGAAACAUUACUAGUUCUCAGCAGGAAAAAUAAGAACCUCCAUUUUGGACUAAAACCACAAAGCUUGCCCUUGCUGUGAUGUGUUGCUCAGUCUAAUUUAAUGUUACUGCCUUGUUUUUGAGAGAAUGACCUCAUGGUGAGAGUGGUAUUCUAUAAAAAGAGAAAUGGGCAGAGGGAUUGCUGGAUGUUUUUCCCAAAAUCGCAGUGCUGGGACACAAUAUGCCUGGGAGCAGCACACGUAUUUUUGCAUGAAUUAUUAGAGCAGAGAAGGUUAUUAGCAGCUAGGUCCACAUAGCAGCCCUCAGAAUUCUACAUUACAGCCUGUAAGUGCUUUCACCUUUUGUACAGAUAAAGUAGAGCCUGUGGAGCCUAUAGCAUUCAGUGUAUUAUGUUCCAGUGCGACCUAAAUGGCCUUUCACUGACAUCAGGUAGAACUCUGCAUGCUGCAGUCUGUAAUCUUGCUGAGCUGUGCUGCACCUCCUGUCAAAGACGAAGGCACCCACUGUCUGCACUAACUUACACAAAUCAUUCGCUGUCCCCUAGUUCCUGUCAAAUUGUUAAUUCGGGCUUCGGCUGAGCACUUGUUGGACAUCCCUGGGCUUUAUGGUGGUGGUUGAAAUGCUCUUUCUUCCACAUGACAGUCUCCUUGCCCCUCCUCAAGAAACCUUUAAGAUCCCCUGUUGUGAAUUGGAGGUUGCUUUCAUUACUAGAGUGCGUCACAGUCAGCGUCACUUUAAUGUAUCUGUAACAUAAGUAUCUGAAAAUUAAAAAGCAAUUUCUUCUUUUCCCACACUCUACCCAUGGACUUUGUGCUUGUCUGAAGCCAUCUCCAGGUCAACAGCUUGUGUGUCAGGUCUCUGCUUGCUUAUGGGUUUUUUGCUGUAGCCAGGCAGCAAGGACUUCCCUGUAAAUUCAAGUCUUCCUUCAGGGAGGAAACUCCUUUCUCUUGUCUUCAGUCUCAUUUUCAAGACUUCACAAAAGGAACCUCAAUUUGCUGCAUUGACCUCCCCUUUCUUUAGCAUGAAUGAGAAAGCAGAUGUUGAUGUGAAUGUUUUUAGUGGACUCUGUAACAAAUCCUGUGUGGGGGAAAAGAAUCCUACUGGUUGUUAAUGUCUCCAGAAGAAGCACCAACAACCUUCAUCAUCUCCUGUGUGUACCUUGUUCUCCAGAGUUGGUGAUAUUUGACUUCUGUUGAAGCAGCCAAAAUGCACUGUAUAGCCAAAAGAUGAUUUACAAAAUUCUGAAGCUCACUUUGUGGCAUCUUACCUAAUACUUGGAGUUGUAUGCCAUAAAGACUCCAGAAAUAGCUAUGUAAUAUGAUAGUAGGAUGCAAUUCCAGGCUGUGACAUACACAUACUGUAAAUAAGAUACGGGUGGCUGCAGGCUGCCCCUGCUUACAUAAAUUCAAUGCAGCUAUCAGCUUGUGGCAUACUGCUAAUGGAUCAUUGUGCUGAGUAGCAUGCAAGUGUUAUGGGAUAGGAAAUUUAAGGCAAUAGUAUUACCUGGGAGCUGACAAAUCUCUUAGGUUUUUCCACCAGGAAGGAGGGGAGGUGAUACCUGUCUUAAAGCAUCUGGGGGAAGACUUAAGUUCUUGCUCACCGAUGAUGUGACAGAUGAUGUUUCGUCUCAUUAAAAAGCUUAUUUACAUAGAUUAACCCUAUAAAAAUGGAAUUUUGUCUUUCCAGUGUUUUCUGAGUGUCACUUCAGUUUACAUUUGUCAGUGUUGGCUGAUUAUAAAAGGUAAAAUAUAAAGUGGGUAUCAAGGAGGAGAGUGGAAUAAAAUGCUGUUGUCACUUAAAACAGUGGUAAGAGCAAUAUAUGAAACCAGAAUCCAUUUGCUGGACUAAUGUGUUUGUAAUUGUUGAGAUGCCAAGUUUUCUGUACAAUGUUUUUGUAAUUAAACUUUGGAGUUCCUUUGUUUUUAAGAAGUUGAUGUGCUUGUUUGACACUUGCUUCAUUAAAAUUGUUCAACAUUGAA